AUGAUCUUUCCAGUUUCCAAGAACACACACAUUUGUCUUGACAUUGCAUUGCUUGUCAUCUCAGAAGACCACUCACAAUCCCCGGUUUCACCCUCGCCACCGCAACCACCACUAUCACCACGGCUCCACCACCACCACCACCACCACCACCUCCACCCCAGUCCGCCCAUUCCCGACUCCGACGAAAUCGACGACGCGGCCCUCUUCCGCCGUGCAAUCUCCCUCUCCCACCACCCCAACCAACCUUCUAGAACCUUCCACCUCUCCACAAAGAAGAACCCUUCUUUCAAAAUCGCGUUCCUCUUCCUCACAAACACCGACAUCCAAUUCGCUCCCUUAUGGGAUCGCUUCUUUCACAACCAACCAACCAACCUGUACAACAUCUACGUUCACGCAGACCCAACCGUGAACAUCACGCGCCCCGAUUCCGGCGUUUUCCACAACCGCUUCAUUCCUUCCAAGAAAACCUACCGCGCUUCACCCACUCUCAUCUCCGCCACGCGCCGGCUCCUCGCCACCGCGAUCCUUGACGACCCUGCCAACGCAUACUUCGCCGUCCUAUCUCAGCACUGCAUCCCUCUCCACUCGUUCCGCUACGUCUACCGCUCCCUCUUCGUCUCCAAAACCUUCGACAAAUCCGAACCCGAACCUGAAUCCGAACCGGGGAUCCGAACCAAAUACCGGAGUUUCAUCGAGAUCAUCUCAAAGACGCCGAGGAUGUGGAAGCGGUACGUGGCAAGAGGGAGGUACGCGAUGAUGCCGGACGUUCCGUUCGAGAAGUUCCGGGUCGGAUCGCAGUUCUUCACUCUGACCCGAAAACACGCUCUGCUUAUAAUCGCGGAUCGGAAGCUAUGGAGGAAGUUCAAGUUGCCGUGUUACAGAGAAGAUGAGUGCUACCCUGAGGAGCACUAUUUUCCAACUCUCUUGUCAAUGGCGGAUCCUGAUGGUUGCACAAAAUACACGCUAACGAGGGUGAAUUGGACUGGCACUGUUAAUGGGCACCCAUAUACUUAUCGGAGCUCCGAGGUGUCUCCGGAGCUGAUCGGGCGGCUGAGGGAGUCGGACAACUCCGAAUCGUAUCUAUUUGCGAGGAAGUUUAGCCCUGAUUGCUUGAAACCGUUGAUGCGCAUAGCAAAAUCGGUUCUUUUCAAGGAUUGAAAGGUUGAAAAGUUGAUAGAAGAUAUUUAUGGCUAAAACCAAGUUGCUGUUGCAAUACCUAGCUCCAUUGGAAGGUAUAUGGCUUGAAGAGGCAUAAACAGCCCACAACCAAUAUACCUUGAACUCUCAAGAUAAAGAGAGAAGUGUCUUGAGUCUUGAGAUAAGUUUAGAGUUGUGUGUACUCAUUUGCACUAGAUAUUGUGUCGACUUAUUCAUCAAUAGCCUAGAUAGGUGUAGGUCCCAUUAAAGCUCCAUUUGCUGGAAUGAUAAAUGAGUCGACACAGUGUGAGGAAUCAGAAUCAAAAUGAAGAAAGGAAACGAAGAGGCACCUGCACAAGUCAAGGAAAGAGAUGCAGGUGCUAAUGCUAUAGUCAAGUGUAUUCAUCUGGUGUAUGUGUAAGUGUUGCCAUAGAAGAUUGUGUUAGGUAGUUUUGUAAGGUUUCUCUCCCUCUUUGGUGGAUGAUCUUGUACAUAUGAGCCUGUCUAUUAAGCACAAACCAUUGAUGAAGAAAUGAUCCACAUACAGUGUUCUACUUUUGGAUCAAUUCCAGUGCUGUUGCCUAAACACGAGGCAACAGUGGCUGCAUGGUGAUACAAUAUAAUACUGAAAUGAAAGGAAAAACCAAGUCUACAGAUUCCCCAAUU